AUGUCCGACCAAGAAACCAAAGAUGUCUCGGAAGGUCCAGUUGACAGUGACAAGAAUCGCGAGGUCGAAUCUGUAGCAAGUGAAGAACCAAAGCCAGAGCAGGAUUCUGCCACCCUUUCCGAUGGAAACAAAGUCUUGGUGGUUCUGGACGAUGAACAACCAAAUAGUAGUUUGGAGAUAUACUUGGAUGCGUGUCGAGAAGGUGACCUUGAAAAAGUAAAGGAACUCUUAUCAAGCGGUGCAGUGGACGUCAAUGACACUUUGCAAGAUGGCAACACGGGCUUGCACUGGGCAUGUUUGAACAAUCGAUUGCAAUUGGUGAAAUACUUGAUUGAAGAGAAAAAUGCAGACCCCAAUCGAAAAGGUGGUGAGAUCCACGCUACACCGCUCCAUUGGGCUUGUCGUUCCGGGUUGGUUUACAUCGUCGACUAUCUAAUUUCGGAGACCACUGCUGAUCCCAACUUGCGAGACUCGCAAGACUACAACGCGCUCCAUUUAGCUGUCCAUAGCUCCAACAUCAUGCUCGUGGUUUACUUGUUGGUGAGUUGUUGUGACGCCCACAGUGAGAAAAAAAUGUACGUCGACGAGCCCGAUGGCUCCAACCGAACUUCGUUGCAUUGGGCCAGUUAUCAAAAUGACAUUUACACCGUGAAUGCCUUGAUUCGGUUUGGCGCAGACGUGACCAAAGUUGACAAUACCUUGUUCACGCCUCUCCACUGGUCAUUCAUGGGCGGGUACAAGAACGUGAUGAAGUCGUUGGUGGAAGCGGGAUCGGAUAUCUUUGUCAAGAAUGAUCAAAACAAAAACAGCUUCGAUGUGGCCCAGGAUAUGGACUGUCUUUUUACUUGGAAAAAAGUGCUUUUAGAGUGUGGCAAAGAUCCGAAAAGAGAUUGGAGCCAAAAGGUGCAUUGGAUACCGUCUAGGAUAGGCAAGCUCUUGACCUUUUUGGCACCGUAUGCUCUACUACCUAUAGCGCUCGCAAUCUGCAGCACUUCGAGCGGGUUGGCCAUUCCCAAGAUUGUCUUUGCAUUUGCAUUUUUUGCAUUGGGUGUUUACCUCGUGAAAACUUUCAUCAUUCCAACAUAUUUAGUCGACGAUAACCCGCUUUUCAAAUCGCCAUUUCUCGCGGGGGUGUUUUCGUCGACCGCAUUCUGGUGCAUAUUGGUAUGGAUGUAUAACAUUCUACCCAAUACUAUCUUCAGCAACUUUAUCGCCAAUGUCCUCCUUGCAAUCAUCAUUGUGAUUUUCGUGUGGACGUUUUUCAAAGCCAUGUUUAUCAACCCCGGUUUUGUACCGAUACCAACGGACAAUGCAAUCAUCCACCAACAGGUCAAGGACUUGAUCAAGGAGAAGAAAUUGGACACCGAGCACUUUUGUGUCAACACCUUUAUUCGCAAGCCGUUGCGGUCGAAAUACUCCAAACACAAUAGGAAACUAGUAGCUCGCUUUGACCACUACUGCCCCUGGGUGUACAACGAGAUUGGGGUGAGAAACCACAAGUUGUUCAUAACGUUUGUUUACGCGUUGAAUUUGGCCAUCUUGAUGUUUACGUAUUUGUCGAUUGAAUGCUUUGACAAACUCAAGGACGGAUACGAGUCGGACGAUGAUGAAAAAGGAGAAAGUUUCUUGUGUUCCAUGCUUGGCGACGACCUCUGCUUUGGUUACAAGAAUCAUCAAUUCCAUUUCAAUUUAAUCGUGUGGUGCCUCAUCCAGUACGUGUGGAUUCUGUUUCUAUGCGUCGUGCAAACAUUCCAGAUCUUGAGAGGCCUCACUACUCGCGAGUUUAGCUCGUUGAAUACCAGGGCAUCGACAGCGAGACACAAUCUUUCAGCAGCAUUACCAGCUGACAACUCCGACUCCGAAGCGCGGUCACUGGCUCCUACGCGUAGACAUAAUGAGAUGCAGACAUGGUUGCACUUGUUGGGAAUCGACCAAUUUGUCAUGACGUUGAAAAUCACCAUUGCUUCUUUGUUCUCCGAUGGCGCGAGAAGACAAUACGAUCCACUUCACAUUGCCAUUCCAACGGACUAUGGAAUGAUACAGAACUGGCUAGACUUUUGGGUCAUUGGAGAAGUCAGCUGGAGAAGUGUCUUGUUUUUGCCCAUUGAAGGAGAGAAUAACUUGAAUGGUGAAGUUGUGGACUACUAUCGAUUGUAUGAGUAUCCUCCAAAGUCUCUGGAACAAACCGUAUAA